CUUAUUAUUUUGUUGACAAUUAUAAAUAAGUCUAUAGACAUUUAAGAUAUUAAUUACAUAUUUUAAUAUGGCGAAAGACGACAGUGAGACAAAAAAUGUUAUUGCAGAUGCCUUGGAUAGGCAUAACUUCUACAGAAAAAAACACAAUGUGCCUCCUUUAAAAAUUAAUUCAAAGUUGAAUGAAAUUAGUCAAAAUUGGGCUGACGAACUUGCUAAAACUGACAAAGCGUCUCAUCGUCCAAAAAAUGCUUACGGUGAAAAUAUUUAUACUAUAUGGUCAACAGAAGAAGUGACACAAUUGGGCAUUAAAGCAGUAGACAGCUGGUAUAGUGAAAUAAAAUAUUUUAAUUUUCAAGGAACAAACGAUGACAUGGCUGCUUCCACAAAAGCAUUUCACUUUACUCAAUUAAUUUGGAAAGACAGUGAAGAGCUUGGUGUCGGUGCGUCCAAAAGUCCUAAAUCCGGUAAAUUAUACGUAGUAUGUAAUUAUGACCCGCACGGAAAUGUUAGAUCGCAAUUUAAAGAACAAGUAUUGGAAUCUGAUACUUCAUAAUCAGAGUCGCUACUAAAUUAAUAUUCUCGAAAAUAUUAUAUUCAUAUCGAUAUUUGGCUUUGGGAUUAAAAACACGUACAACAAUAUUGUUUGAAUUCAUUUUAAAAUUUUUAUUUCAUAUAAUAAUUAUUCAAUAAAGAUAACUUUAUGCUAAUAAGGCUUUUAGUUAUGUCAAUACAAAAGAUACAAGGGUUCGAGAGUAAGAUAAUUAGUCUCUAUUAUUUAUCAUUGUUCCCACAGUUGAACAAUAUCGCAUGUACCAAAAUGUCAGCGUGUGAUAUUGUACUCGUAGUAUAAGAAAAUAAUGCUAUCACAUUAAUACAUUUAAUAAUACGACAAAUAGUCUACGAUUUAAAAUAUAAAUAUACAUGUACAUACAA